UUUAUAGUCAGGAUUGCUCAAGUUGACGUUAACACAUCUUCCUCAGACUACAGUUGAAAGACAUCAGCAGCAAUGAGGGCACUUGUAAUCUUAAGUCUCUUGGGAUGUGCACUUGGACAAGAUAGGGUUUUUUCUUGGAGUGGCAACGACAGCCAAGUUGAUCCCAGCGAGAACGCGUGUCUGACUGAUGUGGCAUCUUGCGGGUGCUGCCUGAUGCAGAAGCAGCUGUGGAAGCUCGAGAUGUUUUUCAACAUGACAUUAGAUGAACUACAGAGGAACUUGGAGAGAGCUCAGUCAGUGUUGAACAAUAUUCGUGCUAGUCGCAGUGCCUUCUCUGUGGCUCUUACUGACACGCGCCUCUGCGUUGGCCCCAAUCGUGAAGACUCUGUAGUGAAGUAUAGCAGCAUAUUUGUUAACUUGGGAGAUGGCUACAGUACCGACACUGGUGCUUUUGUAGCACCACGUUCUGGUGUCUACAGCCUGGCACUAACGGUUUAUAGUGAUGCUGGCACUCCUGGAGCCCAAUUGGCUGCUUGUGCUCGACUCCGACUGAAUGGGCGCACUAUUGCAUCACCAAGUGAGAACAACCUUCAAGACCAGGAGGACAGCACUAGCGCUCUGCUAGUAGUUCAGCUGCAUGCAGGAGACAGGGUGGAUGUUGCUCUUCCAGCCGGCUGCUUCCUGUGUGACAAUAACAACCACUACAAUACUUUCACUGGGUUCCUGCUCUAUGCAACUGAUUAAUAUAGAGAUAACUACUACUGUGUUUGAAAUGACUUACUACACAAUGUAUACUAUGCAUUACACAAAAAAGUAUAAAAUACAAUACUAACUAUGCAACAGUUACUUAAAGCUGAUGUUGUUGUAUGGUACUUUUUUUUAGUUUCAGUAGUGCAAGAAUGGUAUGUUGUGGUUUAAAACAUUAAAAGACACCUCUUUCUGUCUCUGCCCAGAAUAUAUUUCUCUCUCCACAAAACCCUGCACAUUUACAUAUUUUAAAAUGACUUCUUUUAAGCUACACUGAGUGUUUAAAUACAAAAUAAGGGAGGUUAAAGUAAUAAAUAAAAAAUAGUUUUAAUGCAAAGAACAUAUUGAGAAAUACUGCUUUUGUUCUGAAAUAAAAAUUCGGAUCUACUCA